AUGGCAUCCGCAGGUAUUGAUCUGAGUGCCUUCACCAACAUACCGGCCCUUCCACCUCCAAAAGGCGUGACUUCAAAUUUCAUCAACCCUGAGUCUCGAGCCAAGGAAGCCAGAGCCGCAAUAUAUCUGUGUCUCUCUCUCAUGGUAAUCUCCGUUCUGCUACGUAUAUAUGCGCGGAUGGGAGUUAGUCGAUCAUUCGGAGCAGAUGGUUGUAAGUACAGUCCUUUGUCCCAGUUGAUGUACGGGUAUACAAUAUUAAAAAAAUACCUUGCUAACUCCUCAAGACUUUUGCAUCGUUGCGGCAGUAGGUUCAUGAAUUGCUGAGUUUCCGGCAUUACUCUCAGGGUGCUAAUGAUGGUGUAGAUGAGUGUUAUUGCCUGGUCGUCUCUUAUUAUAACAAGUACAAAAAUAGCAGCCAUAUUGCUAAACUUAUAUCUGUGGUUGUUAAUUUUGUGUAGUUGUUGGUGAUCCUCUUGGACCACACUCGUGGAAUGUUCCUGUAUCCAAGAUCACUGUUCGAUUUCUCAAGGUAAGUAUUCUUCAAUCUGAUAUUCUUGAUCCAACACUAAUACUUAUCGUUCUCCAGACCGUCCUCAUAAACCUAUGUUUACAUCCGGUCGCCGCAAUAUUCGUCAAAACAACAAUUCUGCUCCUCUAUCUCUGA